GCCACGCCCUCUUCUGCCGCCGGAACUGGUGGGAACAGCUGGGGAGAUUUGGAUCAGGAGCUGGGAGAGAUGACGGGGAACAGCGCCACUGACCCCAGGAGGCCGGGGAAGAUUCUGAGGUAUAAACCUCCCACCACAGAAAGCUCCCCCACCCUGGAUGACCCAACCCCAGACUACAUGAACCUCCUGGGCAUGAUCUUUAGUAUGUGCGGCCUGAUGCUUAAGGUAAGACUUGAAUACAGCAAACCUAGGACUCCUUUUAAAGUGAACCUUCCGUUUUCUGUCCAAGCAUCAGGGGAAAAGAAUAGGUUGUCCAUCUCGGCAGUGGUCAUGUCCUACCUACAGAACCCGCAGCCCAUGUCUCCUCCGUGGUAACACUGGCCCGGGCCAGCUCAGGAGAAGUUGGUUCCUGCGGACCCCGGAUUGUUACAGAGACCCCGACUUCCCACCUCAUCUCCUGCAUCUGGCAA